AUGGUCGAGUCCGAGCAAACGGCCCGCGGGUUGGGCAAAGCCCUCUCCUUCGUCGAGCCCGCCCCCCAGGUGCUCGAGAUCGGGGGCGGCUGCAAGCCCGUGGUCGAAGUGCGGGUGCUGGUGAUCAACACGGGGGGGACCAUCGGGAUGGUGCCGCAGACGCAGGGUCUUGCUCCGGAGGCUAACAAGUUAGCAGGGGCCCUGGCGAAGAUGCCAAUCCUUCACGAUGCAGUCUACGCCAAGGAGACAAAAAUGUAUCGCCGCCAUGGGCUUGGAGAUGAAUCCUUGGUGCUUCCCCCUUCCAGAGAAAAUAAAAGAGUAAUCUACACAAUCAUGGAACUUUCUCCGCUGCUGGAUUCUGCAAAUAUGACACCAGCCGACUGGGGCAAGAUUGCAAAGUGCCUUGAGGCACACUACGAGCAACACGACGGCUUUGUGAUCCUUCACGGCACAGACACAAUGGCAUACACAGCCUCAGCGUUGUCGUUCAUGUGCGAGAAUCUGGGCAAAACCAUUGUCCUGACCGGCUCGCAGGUGCCCAUCUAUGAGCUGAGGAACGACGGCCGAUCCAACCUGCUGGGCUCCUUGCUGAUCGCUGGACAGUUUGUAAUCCCUGAGGUGUGCCUGUACUUUUAUAAUAGACUGUACAGGGGAAACCGGGUGACUAAGGUGGAUACAGAGAGUUUCAAUGCCUUUUCGUCACCUAACCUGCCUCCACUUGCAGUUGCUGAGGUUGAUAUUGCAGUUAACUGGGAAACGGUGUGGAGGGCGAAUACCACCGAGAAGUUUGAGGUCCACACCAACAUGAACAGCAAUGUGGGGCUACUGCGGAUCUUCCCGGGGAUCACCACGGCCUCGGUGAAGGUGUUCCUUCAGAGUCCAAUGGAGGGGGUUGUACUUGAGACCUACGGAAGUGGAAAUGCCCCCAAUAACCGCCCGGAUUUACUAGAGGAGUUGAAGAAGGCAACCGAACGCAACAUCAUGAUCCUGAAUUGCACCCAGUGUCUGCGAGGAGCCGUGUCUUUAGUCUAUGCCACAGGAAAGACGCUGAUGGAUGCAGGAGUGAUUCCGGGAGGAGAUAUGACACCCGAAGCGGCUUUGACAAAGCUCUCCUACGUCCUGGGCAAACCCCAGUUUAGCUUGGCCGAGAAGAGAAAGAUGCUGAAUGAGAACCUAAGAGGAGAGAUGACCGUUGUGCUCACAGGGAAUCGAAUCACACUCAGAGACAGCAAAUUCAUUCAAGGGAUUGCAAAAUACCUGUAUAUCAGCUGCAAGGAGGAGCUAGAGGCCAUUAGGGAUGCGCUGACUCCUGCCUUGGCCUGCGCAGCUGCAAAAACCGGUGACUUGGAUGCCUUAAAAGCUUUACAGGCAAUGGGUGGAAACUUGAGCUCUGACAAUUGUGAUGGGCGUACACCGCUUCACGUUGCAUCCUGUGAAGGCAAUCUGGAGACAGUCACCUACCUGCUGGAGUGUGGCGCAACAGUAUAUGCCAAAGACCGAUUCGGAGCUACCCCACUGAUGAACGCUAUCAAAUUCAGGCAUCCAGAAGUGAUUUCCUUGCUCCGCAAAACUGGGGCUCAUCUUUCCAGCACAGAGCUUGUGAAUGUUGGAACAGAACUAUGUCGUCUUGCUUUUAACGGAGAUAUUGAGGGGCUGAGAGCUUGGCACUUGGGUGGCGUGAGCAUGAAUCAGCGUGGUUAUGAUGGGAAAACUCCGCUUUAUGUGGCCAAGACCAAGGGACACAUAGAAGUUGCUGCAUUUUUAAAGUCCAUAACCUAAUUUGAUAUGCAGAAUCCUUCUCAGACUGGAAAAAAUACGUGCAUCUAAAUGUGAUCAGUGCUGAGAAAUACUGAAGAAACCAAAUUGAUUCCUUCUGUUGUUACAGUGACUGUCCUGAUGCGAUCUAUUUUAUAUUAAAUUAAAAAAUCUUUUUGAAAGAACUGUAUGUAAAGGUAAAUUCUGCUCACACUAGGGAUGU